GAAAAUGGGAUCUGGCGCUGCACCCAGAAAAGCCCUCAACUCUGUAGCUGUCUCCCUCUUCCUCUCUGCCUCUCUUCCACUCCCCGCUAAGCCCACAUUUCGUCGCUCUCAUUCCGGCCAUCUCUCUCUCUCUCUCUCUCUCUAUAUCCGUCGCUGCUGCUGAAGAGAAACUGUGCUUCCACGGUCUGGCUUCCCAGAAGGAGCAGGGAAACCUAUAGCGCUACAGGUAAGAAGGUGAAGAAGAAGAAGAGAUGGAGGAGAAGCAUCUAUUGCUCCUCUUCAUCUCGCUCUCGCUGCUGGCGGGUGCCGCCAUGGCGAAGUCUACCAUCGAGCCGUGCACCGGGACGGACGCCUGCCCCGCGCUGCUGGGCUACACCCUCUACGCCGACCUCAAGGUCGCCGAGGUGGCCGCCCUCUUCCAGACAGACCCCGUCGCCCUCCUCGCCGCCAACGCCAUCGACAUCGCCGUCCCCGACGCCGAGAACCACAUCCUCCCCGCCGGCCUCUUCCUCCGCGUCCCCGCCUCCUGCUCCUGCUCUGGCGGCAUCCGCCGCUCCAUCUCCACCAGCUACACGGUCCGCCCCGCCGACACUCUCGGAUCGAUCGCCGGCUCCGUCUACGCUGGCCUCACGUCCCCCGACCAGAUCCGGGAGGCCAACGACAUCCCCGACCCUGCCGACCUCGACGCCGGCAGCACCCUCGUCAUCCCCCUCCCCUGUACCUGUUUCAACUCCACCGACAACUUCCUCCCUGCCAUUUACCUCUCCUACGUCGUCCAACAGGGCGACUCUGUGCCGGCCAUCGCCGCCCGCUACGCCACCACUGUGACAGACAUUAUGACCGUGAACGCCAUGGCGAGCCCUUCGAUCCGGCCAGGGGACAUACUUGCCGUACCGCUGCCAGCAUGUGCUUCAAUGUUUCCCAAUAGCGCCUCGGAUUAUGGUAUGAUUGUGGCUAAUGGGACUUAUGCCAUUACUGCUAGUCACUGUGUCCAAUGCAGUUGUGGGCCAGGAAAUCUCAAUUUGUACUGCACACCAGCCUCCCUAGCAGUAUCAUGUUCGAGCAUGCAGUGUAGUAACAGCAAUCUUAUGCUUGGAAAUUUCACUUCCCAACAAACUAGUGCUGGUUGUAGUGUCACUUCUUGUAAUUAUGGUGGCUUUGUAAAUGGGUCUAUUGUCACUAGGUUAACCACAUCUCUUCAACCUCAGUGUCCAGGAAAACAUCAGUUUCCUCCAGUCAUACCCCCACCGACAACAGUACUGCAUGAUUCGUUUCUUGUUCCAUCACCAUCGCCAGCCCAAGCUGGUGGUACAGUUACAAAUCCAAGGUCUUCCGUGCCUGGAACAUUUGGCCUCCCUGGUAUUGCUCCUGCCUCUGGUCCUGCUGGAAGCACAUCUGAGGCUUCUAUCGUUAGUCCAUUCUGCUGUAUUUUAUGUUUGUUUGCCUUUUCUUUGGUUCAUUUCAACUUCCUAUAUUAAAUUGUUGUUUUUUUUUUAAUUUAAUAUGUCAGUACUGCCGUGUCUUGGUCCACUGGCGAGCUUGUAUGAUUUAUCUUAACUUUCCAAGACCUAAUUUUUUGCAUGUAGCUGGAACAGAUGGUUGUACCAUUCUUCUCAAGCUGUCUACUGCCUAAUUUUUCCA